AUAAGCCCGACAUGGAACGGUCUAAUUUCCGUCAGAGGGUCUUUAAAUUCAAAAGUCUUCUCCCCUUCACGCGCCCCUCUUCUACUUGUUUUUGAUUUUUUCAACUUUCCCAAUAUCCUAGCAGCAUUUUCUCAUAUGCUCCGCACUCGUAUAUACCCAUAUUUCUUUCUUCUUAUCUUGAUAAAUUCAAAGCCCUCAAACAAUUAAUUACGGGCAUUCACCUACAAGUUCUCUUGAGUCGUUUCCCUUGACGAUCAUCCAGUCAUUGUAGUAUAAAUAAUAUCGGAAUUCCAUGCCCUCAGUCCGGUCAUUCAAACUCUUUCUAGAUUUUCUCCAUCUCAAGAUUCUGGGCGUUUUGUUGUGUUAAUUAAUUGGUUUUCUUGAUCUAGUCUCUUCGGUGGCAGUAGCAGUUAUUUCUGACUUCCUGAAUUUUUCCAUUCCACGACAAAAUGUUUGGUCUCAAGAAGUCCCCUUUGCACAGGAUUUCUAAGAACCAAUCCGUUGAUCAUGGAUUUUCCACACCUCCUACUUCAAACCCAUUCGACUCUGAUGAUGAGAACGAUCCGAAGCAAAAUGUUAAACCCCCAAGAAGUUCUUCAGAGCCUGCUAUUAUUGCCGCAAACUUGAGUACUAACCCUUUUGAUGAUGAUUCUGAUGAGACUAAAGGGAAACCAUCAUCUGCAUACUCCUAUACAUCAACUGACAGAAGCAGGUACAAAAAUGGUUUUCGUGACUCGGGAGGAUUCGAGAGUCAGUCUGUACAAGAACUGGAAAACUAUGCUGUGUACAAGGCAGAAGAAACUACAAAAGCCGUUCAUGGUUGCUUGAAGAUUGCAGAAGAAAUGAGGGGGGAUGCAACUAAAACCUUAAUCACCCUACACCAGCAGGGCGAGCAAAUUACUAGAACUCACAUGACUGCUGCUGAAAUUGACAAUGAUCUUAGCAGGGGUGAAAAACUUUUGGGUAGUCUUGGAGGCUUAUUUUCCAAAACUUGGAAACCUAAGAAGAAUCAUCCAAUAACAGGCCCUAUUAUCACUAGAGAUGAUGCAGUAUAUAGGAAGGGGAAUCACUUGGAUCAGAGAGAGAAACUGGGAUUAAAUUCUGCUCCCAGAGGGCACUCAAAAACUCAACCAUCCCUCCCUGAACCAACUAAUGCAUUGCAGAAAGUAGAGGUGGAAAAGGCAAAACAAGAUGAUGCACUGUCUGAUCUGAGUAAUCUCUUGGGGGAGCUCAAGGAAAUGGCCAUUGACAUGGGCUCUGAAAUUGAAAGGGGGAAUAAAGCACUGGACCAUUUCCACGAUGACAUCGACGAGCUCAACUACAGAGUGAAAGAUGCCAACGUUCGAGGUCGUCGUCUGCUCGGGAAGUAGGCCCCCAAUGAACACUCCUAAUUAAUCCCUUGAUGCCACGCUUAUAUUGUUAUGCUGCAUGGGAAUUUAACCUUCUUGAUUUCUCAAUGUUUUGCUUAUUUUCAUUCAUUCAACUACUGCUGUAUAAUAUUUGUUCACAUUUUCUUUGCACUCUUUCUAAUAUUUGAUGCUUAUUUUUUUCCCUGUAAACUUGGACUUUU